AAGAUAUCUGUCAUUAGUUCGAAUUUAGGUUAGCCACCCUGUAUAAUUCUAAAUGGGGUUAGAAUCCAAAUAAAAAUGAAUUUUGUAAAUAAGUUAGUGAAUCCAAAAAUAAUUUUACAAAUUUCUACAAGAAAUUUGAAUGCUCAUACUGCUAGUAUUACACGAACGCAUCGAUUAAAGUAUGCGAACACGUAUCCCACUGUAGUCGUUCAACCGGAUGGUUCAACUUUUAAUAUCCGUUAUCAUGAACCUAGAAAAAUUAUCAAAUUGCCACUAGAUUUAUCAACGUUAUCAGAAGCCGAGCGCCGUGCAAGAUUAGAAAAACGGAAACCCAAGAAGAAGAUUAAAAUUGAAGAGGAUAUUGAUGAUGGUUUUGAUACAAAAAAGUAUUUAAAAUACAUGAAGAAGAAAAAGUAAUUUUAGGAAUGUGUAUCAUUAAGUAUAUUUAGAUUGUUUUAAAUAAAUUGUUUAUUGUUUACUUAA